GUCCGAGAAGAUGGUGAAGAGUCUGGAGUACAGUCCUGUGAGGAGCAGCUGAGGGAGCUGCGGGGCUCAGCCUGGAUAAAAGGAGGCUCAGGGGGCCCUUCCCGCUCUCCACAGGUCCCUGACAGGAGGGUGCGGCCAGGUGGGGGUCAGGCUCUGCUGCCAGGGAACAGCGACGGGAUGGAAGAAAUGGCCUAAAGUGGCACCAGAGGAGGUUUAGGUCGGACAUUAGGAACCAGAACCAUUUCACAGAAAGGAUGAUUAGAUACUGGAACGGGCUGCUCAGGAAGGUGCUGGAGUCACCAUCUCUGCAGGUGUUCAAGGAAAGACUGGACGAGGCAGUCAGUGCCGUGGUCUAGGGAACAAGGUGGUGAUCAGUCAUAGGCUGCACUUGAUGGUCUCACAGGUCUUUUCCAAUCCAAUUGAUCCUGUGGUUCUGAAAUCCUUUUCCUCCGGAGAUGGCUUUGGGACGGACACUUGAUGAGACCAUUCUCUUUUUCUGAAAUGCUGCUUGUUACCUACAGAUGUAUUUACGGUAUUGCUGAAAUCCUAAUGAACCGACCCCACGCAAGAAAUUCACUGGGAAAAGUAUUUGUAAAUGAACUGUUCAGUGCCCUGGAACAGCUCCGCUUCGAUGAGCAGGUGCGAGUGGUGGUGUUCAAGAGCCAGGUGAAAGGAGUGUUCUGUGCAGGAGCAGAUUUAAAGGAACGGGCAAAGAUGGAUGAUGCAGAAGUUGGAGAGUUUGUUAGAAGACUGAGAAAUCUUAUGGAUGAAAUAGCUGCCCUGCCCGUGCCCACGAUCGCUGCCAUCGAUGGCUACGCCUUGGGCGGAGGACUGGAGCUGGCCCUGGCCUGUGACCUCCGAGUGGCAGCUUCAUCAGCUAAAAUGGGCCUUAUUGAGACCACACGAGGACUUCUGCCUGGAGCAGGUGGAACCCAGCGCCUGCCCAGAUGUGUUGGAGUAGGUCUUGCAAAGGAGCUCAUUUUCACUGGCAGACAGAUUGAUGGGGAACAGGCAGCCUCCAUGGGGCUGGUGAAUCACUCAGUGCCACAGAACAGCCAGGGAGAUGCAGCUUACCAGAGAGCUUUAACCUUGGCUGAAGAAAUCCUGCCCCGGGCACCAUUUGCUGUGAAAAUGGGAAAACUGGCAAUAAACAAAGGAAUGGAGGUUGACAUUGCAUCAGGGAUGGCUAUCGAGGGGAUGUGCUAUGCCCAGAAUAUUCCCACCAGAGACCGUCAGGAAGGGAUGGCAGCCUUCAGGGAGAAGCGGCCACCUCGGUUCACUGGCAAAUAAAGCCUCCUGCUUCCCCUUGAGUUUUAGGAGAUAAAGCAGGACUCAGGAGGAUCCACGGAUUUCUUAGCAUUAUUUUUAUGACACCAUUCUGUGCACUUAACUCCUUGCCUAGGACUGCAUUUCUAGCUACUCCACUGAAUCGUUUUUCUGUAUGAAUCACCAAAUAAAGAUUUCACUUUGUACACCUGA